AUGGCCGUCUUGUUGGCGCACGGAACAACGGUGGUGUUGACUUUGAUUGCCAUUAUUUCCAUCGUGUUCGCACUCAAAUGGCUCAGACGCCCUCAACCAGGCACAGUCCCGAAACGGAACCGUGACAGCACUUUGGCUCCAUUGAGCGGCUCCUCGGACAAGCCACCCGCCCCAGUGUCCGUCAACUACUUUCCAUCUCGCAAAUGCAACUACACCUGCGGCUUCUGCUUCCAUACCGAAACCUCCUCAUACGUCCUACCCAUUUCAGAAGCGAAACGCGGCCUCCGCCUGCUCGCCGAAGCCGGAAUGCUCAAGCUCAACAUCGCCGGUGGAGAACCUUUCCUCUACCCAAAGCUCCUCACCGAACUCCUCCGCUACUGCAAGGAAGAACUCCGCAUCGAAAGCACAUCCAUUGUGACCAAUGGCAGCAAAGUCACGGAGAAGUGGCUGCGCAAUAACUGCCAUUGGCUAGAUAUCCUUGCCGUGUCGUGCGACUCUUUCAACCCGGAGACGAACAAAAAAAUCGGUCGUGGCGAUGACGGAGGAAAUGUGAUCCGGCUCUUCCAAAUCGCAGAGUGGUGCCGAGAGUACGGCAUCAAAUUCAAACUCAAUACCGUCGUCAACAUCCAUAAUUGGGACGAAGACAUGGUCGAGGAGCUCGAGCGCGUGGCACCAUUUCGAUGGAAGGUCUUCCAAUGCCUGAUCGUCGCCGGCGAGAACGAUGAUGCGACCAGGAAGAGGGAUGCAAGGAACUUCUUGGUGACCGAGGAGCAGUGGCAGACGUUCUGUGAGAGGCAUCGACACUUGCCGUUCUAUGUUCCGGAGGACAAUGCUUCCAUGGCAGGAAGCUAUUUGCUUUUGGACGAGUACAUGUGCUUUCUGGACAAGGGUGAGGGCAUGAUGGUGAAGAGUGAGUCGAUCCUGGAGGUUGGAGUGGAGGAGGCAAUGAGGCAAGUCGUUUGGGACACGAAGUCGUUUGUAGACAGAGGAGGGAUUUAUGAUUGGGGAAGGGAGGAUGGGUCGCAGCAAAGUGGAUGCGGAGGUGGUGAGAAAGCCAAGAAACUCGAUUGGUGA